AUGAAAAAAACUCUGUUUGAGUCCUUAGACUUCGAUGCCUCCAACACCAUCAUUAACACCCUCACCUCCACCGACCCUACACCUGUCUCCACAUGGCACAACCUCAAAAAUUCCUUUAAACGUCAACCAGGAAACCCUGAGUUGAAUCAGACCUUGAAGAAAAGACAGCUCCGGAUGAUCAGCUUGGCAUCGUGCAUUGGAAGUGGUCUCUUCAUCGGAGGCGGGUCGGCCUUGAAAGUGGGAGGUGCUGGAGGAGUUCUUAUCGGCUGGGCCAUUGUGUCAGUGUAUUUAUACUGUGUGAUGCAGAGCUUGGCGGAGAUGGUGGCAGUUUUGCCCAUCAGUGGAUCAUUUGCCGCGUACUCGUCACGGUUCGUCGACCCAUCAUGGGGGUUUGCGGUGGGGUGGAAUUAUGCACUUUUCUGGGUGGUUGUGCUCCCACUUGAACUCGUGGCCUCUGCCAUGACCAUCAAGUUCUGGCCUUCAGCCAUCAACCCGGUGGUGUGGGUGGCGGUGUUUUACGUGCUUAUCAUCUUAUUAAACCUUUGUGGCAACAAGGGCUUUGGAGAGGCCGAGUUUGUGUCCGCUGUAAUUAAGUUGUUGGCAAUUGUUGGCUUCAAUAUUCUCGCCAUUGUGAUCAUCUGUGGCGGCACCGACGCCGGGUUCAUCGGGGCCAGGUACUGGCACCACCCGGGCCCGUUUGCCAACGGAGCCAAGGGCACCAUCAGUGUGUUGAUUACGGCUGUGUAUUCACUCGCAGGAACCGAGCUCAUUGGGCUCACCGCCAGCGAGUCCAAGGGAAACCCCCGGACAGAGCUCCCCCACGCCAUAAAGCUUGUAUUUUAUAGAAUCGUUGUGUUCUAUAUGGUGACCUUGACGUUGGUGGGGUUUUUGGUGCCAUGGAACUCGGAUCAGCUCGUAGGAUCGUCUUCCUCCGACGCUCUGGCAUCUCCGUUUGUCAUCGCCAUCAACUCGGCCGGGAUCAAGGUGUUACCGUCGAUCUUCAACGUGGUGGUGUUGAUAGCCUUAUUGGCCAUAGGCAACUCGGCUGUUUAUGGGUUUUCACGCACCAUUUUAUCAUUGGCACAACAGGGAUUGGCUCCUAGAAUCUUCAUGUAUGUUGACAGAGCGGGUCGGCCGUUGAUGGGGAUUCUUGUGGCAGCAGUGGUGGGGUUGUUGGCGUUCGUAUCGGCGACACCCGACCAAGAAGUGGUAUUUGCCUGGUUGAUGGCGUUGCUGGGGUUAUCGACACUUUUCACCUGGGCAAGCGUGUCACUAGUGCAUCUUCGGUUCCGAAUGGGCAUGAAGGCCCAGGGACGAGGGUUGGACGAGUUGCCGUAUUUGGCCAAUACUGGGGUCGGUGGGGCAAUCGUGGGAUUGGUGACACUGGUAGUGAUUCUUGUGCUUCAAUUCUGGAUAUCGUUGUACCCGGUGGGCAGAGCCCCCAAUGCCAAGGUGUUUUUCCAGAACUACUUGGGGGCGGUUGUGGUGUUGGUAUUUUUCGUGGGGCACAAGUUGUAUUCGAGAAAGCUCAACGCUGUGGUGAGGUUGCACGAGAUGGACUUGGAUUCAGGUAGACGGGAACUUGAUUUCGAGUUGAUGAGGCAGGUGAUUGAGACGGAGAAGGAGGAGCUCAGGAUGCUGCUGUGGUAUAGGAGGAUGUGGCGGGUGUUGUUCUGACACAGAUUUACCUGUAUUGGAGACAAUGGGCCUCAUGUAGUGACAAUAGACAAUCUUACCCUAAU